AAAGCAAUAAAUAAUCUCAGUCUUUCUCCGAAUCAACAUAUUGUAAAGAUGGUCUCACUUCCAUCACAAUGUCUUUUAAAAAUAUUCGAAAAUGUAUCAGUAUCCAUUUAUAAAACUUUGCACAAUUGUAUUUUUGUGAAUAAACAAUGGAGUUUAUUGGCAAUUUCUAUUCUUUGGAGAAAUCCUUUGGAAAAUAUAUCAUCAGAAAAUGAUGUCGAUGAUCGUAUCAUUUCAAUUAUGAAAACAUAUAUUGCAUGUAUUUCACAGAAAUCAAAAGAUUCUCUUAUGAAAAAUAAUUUACAAUUAUCAGAAGAAAUUUUGCGACAAGCAUCAUAUGAUUAUCCAUCACAUUUACAAAUUUUAAAUGUUCAAAAAAUUUAUGAUGGUAUAACACUUUUGAUAGAAAAAUAUUUUCAUAAAGAAGAUAGAGAAAAAGAAUUUCAUCAACAUCAAUUAUUAGAUCAUAUUUUUAGGAUGUUUAUGAAUAAAUGUAGAAAUAUAUACAGGAUCGAUAUUUCUGAUGUACCAAAAUCGAUUAAAAUCAUUCACUUUCCAUUUUUACCUGAUAGUGAUAAAUGUUUAUCAAAUAUCACAGAAUUUUAUUAUAAAGGAAAAACACAUUUAGAUUUCAUAUACAUUUUAUCACAAGUAUGUACACAAAUUAAAUCUUUUCAUAUAGAACAACAAUAUCAGAGUAAUGAAGGAUUGAUUAAUUUAUUUAAUGUACAAAAAGUUCCUUUGGAGUCCCUAAGUAUUGAUUUUAAAUCUAAUUUAACGUUUUUUAUCGAGGAUAUUAUAAAAGAGA